UGGCGGAUGUCUUUCGCUCAGUGUGUUUACAAGGCUGGCGGAGUGAUCUGCAGUUGUGAAGGUCCUGACGGGAGACAGACAGCGGGGAUCGAUAACAAACCAUACUCGGUGAAACAUUAUGACUGCAGCAAUAGUCAGAUAGCUGGCUUCUUAUCUUUUAUGAGCCAGAAUUGGAGACAAACAAAUAAAGACAGCCAAGACCAUGGAAAGAAAAGGUGUACCUGUUAAGCGCAUUUUCAACAAGCCCCAGAUAGUCCGCAGUCUGGGCAGCAACCUUCACACAGAUGUAAAUGCCAGCCACUCCCGAGCCGGAUGGUCGCUCCUGACCAAAGUGCAGCGCAGCAGGCACAAGCAUUUCUAUGACAUCAAUCAUCAAAUCAGGGCCAAGCCUGAUUUAAACACAACACUACCAGUUCGACAGACAGCAUCCAUCUUCAAACAACCAGUGACCAAGGUAACCAAUCAUCCCAACAACAAGGUGAAGACAGACCCGCAGAAGGCUGUGGACCAACCGAAACAACUGUUCUGGGAAAGAAAGUUGAGUGGGUUAAAUGCAUUUGAUAUCGCAGAGGAGCUAGUGAAAACUAUGGAUCUUCCAAAAGGCUUACAGGGUGUUGGGCCUGCAUGUUCAGAUAAAACACUGCUUUCUGCCAUCGCCAGUGCCCUGCACACCAGCCCGGCACCGGUCACUGGACAGCUCACCGCUGCAGUGGAGAAAAAUCCUGGAGUCUGGCUCAACACAUCACAGCCCCUCUGCAAAGCCUUCGUAGUGACUGAUGAUGACAUCAGGAAGCAGGAGGACCUGGUGCAGAAUGUACGGAGGCGGCUGGAGGAAGCCCUCACGGCUGAUAUGUUAGCUCAUGUAGAGGACACCGCUGCAGACGCAGCAGCAGCCAACAAAGUGGAGGAGAAGGUUGAACAGGUGGACAAGGAGGAAUUAUAGCCAAGGCUUGUUUUGACAUGUUUGCUGGUCAACUUUCAUUUUCAAAUAAUUGGCUCCACAAGGAUUUUGUAUACACUUUUAACUGAAAUAGACCCUAAUAGCAGACAUUCUGCAGAUUGUGUUUACCUUAACAAAGACUUUUUCUUUAUUUGUAUUUUUUCUUACAUGUGACAGUGUAAUCGUGGGUGCUUUCAGUUUUCAGUUAAUUUUUACCUCCACUAAUGUAUGGCAACUUUCUUAAGACUCUAUAUACGGUUCAGUGUUUUCAGGAAUGACCAUCACUUCACUAUUGAUACUAUAGUGAGUCAAAGGAAAUUAUUGUUCCUGUAAGUAGUUGUACUUUUAAGGCAGUUUACGGCAGUUGUGGAUGAUGUUCUAUACAAUGCAGUGUUACAUUUAGUUGACAGCUGUUCAAGCUCAAAGUUAAAAACACAAACCUGAUGUAUGUGACUGACGUGUGUGUAUGUGUGUUGAAUGUAUCAGUUAAUGUUGACGUUGUGCGUUUCUUUUUUAACAUGUUGCUCUUUUAUAUUUUACUCUGGCACUAUAGGUAGCGUGUUUGUUUGAAAGCAUAAAAAGGUUGCAGUAUGUUUACAUGCACACAGCAAUCUCGUGGCUGUGUAUAAUCACAUUUAGUUUGUUUGAUUUGAUUGUUUGACAGUUCAAAGCAGUGUUAUUUCUCACAAUAACCUUUUUGAGUUUACAUGGUUUUGGAGUUUAAGUCAUGGUAUUUGUAUUGCCAAAAUAAUUAUUAGGACUGUUUUGCCAGCUACAUUUGAGUUUAAUCAGUAACCGAGAGUGUGUAACCUCAGAAAAAUAAAUAGAACACUGAUGUACCUCAUAACAAGAUGUACUGUACCUCAUUACAAGAUUUAUUAUUUGUCUCUGUACCCCUGUGUCAAUGUCAAAUAAAUGCAGCUCUUUCAUGA